GAAAAAGUAAUCCUUCAGCAUAAUGGACAAAAUGCAGAUUAUAAGAAUCUGUGACUAUGAGCAGGAAGGUAAACAGCAGUGAUGACUCUGCAGAGUUCAGGAUGUCUCUAAGGAAGCCCAGCAGGGUCAGUCCUGCUGCUGCUGCUGCAGGUUAACACCUAAUAAACACCCUGCUCCUGACUGAUACCUUUCCAGAAGGAGCUCAGUUCGGGUUCUUUAAGAGAAAUAAGGAUUCAGAUGUCAUCAGAGUUUAACUCCAUUUGAAUUGAAAAUGUUUCCUUGAAUAUUGAAGAAAUGAUUCUAAAAUGACUCGGCGGUGUUCGUGUCCUCCGCAGGUGUUUCAUGUGAAGCUGAUGGCGCGCGCAGGGCUUUGGCUCGGCGGAUGAGCAGAAACCUGAGCGAAGCUUCUGUCAUUUAAGCUCCGAUGAGCUUUUAGGCUUAACGCGUUAAAGCAGCGGCGCCAUGUCUGCGGAAUGAUCCUCCAUCCGAAGCGCUUCGUAGCUCCAUCAGGAGCUGCUUCCUGCCGGGCUGGGCGCAGUCCGUUCCCUGCUCGGGUUUCAGAAAAAGCCAGAUAAAUACGUGCGGGAGCUUUUACGCACGGUGCGUCUCCAUCAUGACGUCGCCAUGAGCUCCAGAUUGUAGAGAGGAGGAGGGGAGUGCUGAAUCGCUGCUCGUCGUUUCUGUGGAUGCGUUUGUGUAUCUUCAUUUGUGUGUGAGCGUGUGUGUAUGGGUGUGUGUGUGAGUGUGUGUGUGGAUUUUUUUCCCCUUCUUGUCAUCUCUUUGCAAUACUUGGAAAUAACCCGGACCAGCGCUGUUUACGCGCGGAGCUGCUCGCUCAUUUACUGCAAAGCCAUAAUAACAGAGCCAUGCAGAGCGCGAGGAGGAUGCACCUUUCUGCCCACUAAUCAGACUUACUGGGAGGACUGGUCUGAACUGGGAGCCAUCGAACCGACAAUCCAGAAAUGGCGCGGAUAUUGUUUCUGAUUAUCCUCUGCUCUCUCCCAGCGCUGGUUGUGCCCAUACAUAAUUCAUCAGCGGGAGGCUGCGCCAUCAUCCGGCCUCCGCGGGACGGAGGGAUCCGCUACCGAGGCCUGACACAGGAGCAGAUCCGCAGUGUUCGGAUUCUGCCUGUGGAUUAUGAGAUCGAGUACAUCUGCAGAGAAAACCGGCAGAUCGCGGGGCCAAAGGUCAGGAAGUGUUUGCCCAACGGCACGUGGACGGACAUGACGCAGCUCAGCGUAUGCCUGCUGCAGUGCCCCAAGGUGUGGACGUCCCUGGAGAACGGCAGGGUGACGGCGCGGCCCCCGGGGCCCCCGGCGGAGGGAACGGUCCUCCACUACAGCUGCAACUCCGGCUUCACCCUGGAGGGCAGAAACAUCAGCCACUGCACCAAACUGGGCAAAUGGGACGCCCCCAAACCCACCUGCCUCUAUGACAGAAACUACACAGGGAAGAAGAAGCUGUACAUCGGAGCGCUGUUCCCCAUGAGCGGCGGCUGGCCGGGCGGCCAGGCGUGCAUGCCGUCCGCUCAGAUGGCUCUGGACCUGGUGAACAACAGGAGCGACAUCCUGCCGGACUACGAGCUGGAGCUCAUCCACUACGACAGCAUGUGCGACCCGGGGGAGGCCACCAAGCUGCUGUACGACCUGCUCUACACCGAGCCCAUCAAGAUCGUCCUGAUGCCCGGCUGCAGCGGCGUCUCCACGCUGGUGGCCGAAGCCGCCCGCAUGUGGAACCUCAUCGUGCUGUCCUACGGCUCCAGCUCUCCUGCGCUGUCCAACCGCCAGCGCUUCCCCACCUUCUUCCGCACCCACCCCUCUGCCACCCUCCAUAACCCCACCAGGGUUCGGCUCUUCAAGAAGUGGAACUGGUCACGCAUCGCCACCAUCCAGCAGACCACAGAAGUCUUCACCUCAACUCUGGAUGAUCUGGAGCAGAGGGUGAAGGAGGCAGGCAUCGAGAUCAGCGUUCGUCAGAGCUUCCUCACCGACCCGGCUGUCGCUGUCAAGAACCUCAAGCGCCAGGAUGCCAGGAUCAUUGUGGGGCUGUUUUAUGAAACCGAGGCCAGGAAGGUGUUCUGUGAGGUGUUCAAGGAGAAGCUGUACGGGAAGAAGCACGUCUGGUUCCUGAUCGGCUGGUACGCCGACAACUGGUUCAAGAUCAAAGACCCGGCCAUCAACUGCACAGUGGAGAACAUGACGGAGGCCGUGGAGGGACACGUUACCACGGAGAUCGUCAUGCUGAACCCCGAGACCGUCCGCGGCGUCUCCAACAUGACUUCACAGGAGUUUCUGGGAGCCUUGAUGUCUCGUCUCGGGGGGAAGAACCCCGAGGAGACGGGCGGCUUCCAGGAGGCGCCCCUCGCCUUCGACGCGGUGUGGGCCCUGGCUCUGGCCCUCAACAAGACCGUGGCCCCCCUGAAGGCCAAGGGCCGGCGGCUGGAGGACUUCAACUACAACAACCACGACAUCACCUCGGAGAUCUACAGAGCGCUCAACACCAGCUCCUUUGAAGGGGUUUCGGGUCACGUGGUGUUUGACGCUCAGGGUUCCAGGAUGGCAAUGACCCUCAUCGAACAACUGCAAGGAGGAAGUUAUAAGAAGAUUGGUUACUAUGACAGCUCCCAGAUGAACCUGAGCUGGUUCAACAACGACGUCUGGAUCGGCGAGAAGCCUCCGGCGGACCGGACCGUGGUUCUGGAGGAGUACCGCCUCUUGUCUCAGAAGCUGUUUGCGUCGGUGUCGGUCUUCGCCGGCCUCGGCAUCCUGCUGGGCAUCGUCUGUCUGACCUUCAACAUCUACAACGGCAACGUGCGUUACAUCCAGAACUCUCAGCCCUACCUGAACAACAUGACAGCGGUGGGCUGCAUGAUGGCGCUGGCUGCAGUGUUCCCGCUGGGGAUUGAUCGGCACCACGUCAACAGACCGCAGUUCCCCGUCGUCUGCCAGUUCCGCCUGUGGCUGCUCGGCCUCGGCUUCAGCCUCGCUUAUGGCAGCAUGUUCACCAAGAUCUGGUGGGUCCACACGCUGUUCACCAAGAAGGACGAGAAGAAGGAGAAGAGGAAGCAACCCUUGGAGCCGUGGAAACUCUACGCAACAGUUGGAGUGCUGCUGGCCAUCGACUUCCUGUCGCUCAUGAUCUGGCAGAUUGUGGAUCCUCUGCACAUCACGGUCGAGAAGUUCACCAGAGAGGCGCCUAAGGAAGACCUGGACGUCCUGAUCCAGCCUCUGCUGGAGCACUGCAGCUCUGAGAAGAUGAACACGUGGCUCGGUGUAGUUUAUGGCUACAAGGGUCUGCUGCUGCUCCUGGGGAUUUUUCUGGCCUAUGAGACGAAGUCUGUCUCCACGGAGAAGAUCAAUGACCAUCGAGCCGUGGGCAUGGCCAUCUACAACGUAGCCGUGCUGUGCCUGAUCACGGCGCCGGUGACGAUGAUCCUGUCUUCGCAGCAGGACGCCUCCUUCGCCUUCGCUUCGCUCGCCAUCGUCUUCUCUGCUUACAUCACUCUGGUGGUGCUCUUCGUACCGAAGAUGCGGCGCCUCAUCACCCGCGGCGAGUGGCAGUCGGAGCAGCAGGACACGCUGAAGACCGGAUCGUCCACCAACAACAACGACGAGGAGAAGUCCAGGCAGCUGGAGCGGGAGAACCGGGAGCUGCAGAAGAUCAUCCAGGAGAAAGAAGAGAGAGUGUCUGCACUUCGCAACCAGCUGGCCGAGCGUCAGGCAAUACGCAACCGCCGCCAACCCACCUCAGGCCAGAAUCAGAACCACAACGCCCCGCCGUCCCAGACCGACCCCAAGUCGCUGCUUCCCCCUCCAGGAUACCCCAACCCCACCGCGGACAAUCACGCCCUGCCGCCGUCCUUCUCCAACUCGUCCAGCCUCUACCCGGCGGACAGCAAGAUGAACCGCAACCACUGUCACAACAGCCAGAUCCCGCUGCUCUACAAGUAGGCGGUGAGGCGGGGGGAGACCGGGGGGGGACCGUAACCGUGGGGGGGGGGGGGGCCGGGGGCGGUGAAGGGGUGGAGGGGGUGGGUGGACACAAACAGGACACGACUGUGACGGUCACUCUGCCGGGCAGGAGUCCACAGAUCAACAGCUGUCCUCACCGUUCUGCAUCCAAACCCAGAAACGAAGCACACAUGGCGCCGCAGCGAGAGUCUCUGACCUGCAGAGGUCAGAGGUCGCCUGAACGCUCACGCUCUCCGUGGAGAUGGAGAUGUUCUUGUGUUUUUCUGCUGUUUCGUGUGUCUGGUGGGUUCGUCCCUCAUGCAGUAGAUGGUUCUUCUCGUUCUGUAAUAUUCGAUCUGUUAUUGUUUGAUUUUUGUUCACUUUUCAGGAGAAAACUGAACGUUACUGAAGCAGUGUACAGAUUUUAUUCAACGUUCCCGGGAACGCCACGUUUAUCCAAAAGUUGUCAUGUGAUUUAUUUAAUAGCCAUACCCUGAAGGUCAGAGGUCAGCAUGUCUGUUGUCCAGGCUGCAUUUCAAAUAUGAACCUUGAUGGAGAGCAGAGAGACCAGCUGGGGUUUUUCUGAAGCUUCAUUAGUUUUUCAUGAUUCUUUUCUUGGGGAUUUUUAAUUUCUUGUAAUUUGAGGUUAAACACACGCAGGCUCUUUAUUGGUCACUUUUACUGAAACCACACAUCCUGCUGAGUUUCUGACCCGGUUCUGGUGUUUUAAAGUUGGACAAAUGAGAAACUUCCUGCUUCAUUAAAGCCUCAUGAGGGAUGUGCAGCAUGUUGCUUCCUGAUCUCAGAAUCAGUGGAUAGGAUCCAAUCAUCAUCUAUAAAUGAUGUCAGUUCUGGUUUAUGCAGCAGGACACAGACAUCCUGCUCAUCCAUCUGUGUCUCUCUGAAGUCCAACAUGCUGCAGGCAGAAACCUCGUUCCCCUGUGGAGGACAUUUAGGACGGCUGCUGACCUUCCCAGGGGUGGAAGGUCCAGUAGGUUCAGACGAACCACCAAAAACCCGUCUGAGAUUCUCCUCAGCCAAUUAGAGAAAACCUGAACAUCUGGGCCGAUCGGAGGGUCUUGAUGGACGCAUCCUACUGACUGGUCAGCACGGUGGUGGAGGAAUGAUGCUGUGUACCAAACACAAAAGUCUCUUUGUUCUGAUCCGUAAAUCGGAGGAGCUGAAACAGAACCGCUGCUGGUUCUGGACGGGGCGGAACCGCUGCAUCGUUCCUGAACGCCGUUUCGUUCCUGAACGCCUCGUCGUUCCUGAAUGCGGCGUUGUUCCUGAACACCUCGUUGUUCCUGAACGCCUCGUUGUUCCUGAACGCCUCGUUGUUCCUGAACGCCUCGUCGUUCCUGAAGGCCUCGUCGUUCCUGAAUGCCUCGUCGUUCCUGAACGCCCAGUCGUUCCUGAACGUGGCGUUGUUCCUGAACGCCUCGUUGUUCCUGAACGCCUCGUCGUUCCUGAACGCCUCGUCGUUCCUGAACGCCUCGUCGUUCCUGAAUGCGGCGUUGUUCCUGAACACCUCGUUGUUCCUGAACGCCUCGUUGUUCCUGAACGCCUCGUUGUUCCUGAACGCCUCGUCGUUCCUGAAGGCCUCGUCGUUCCUGAAGGCCUCGUCGUUCCUGAACGCCCAGUCGUUCCUGAACGUGGCGUUGUUCCUGAACGCCUCGCCGUUCCUGAAUGCAGCGUCGUUCCUGAACGCCUCGUCGUUCCUGAACGCCUCGUCGUUCCUGAAGUGGUUCCACCCACAAGGAUUUUUAUGCAGCUGAAGUUUCUCAUUUAUCUGAUUGUCUGACGUCAGUAAACAUCCCCAGAACUUAUCAUCAGAGGUUCACACAGCCUUCAAUAUGUAAAAUACUUUCACUGACCUUUGACCCCAGUCCUGUUGUAAAUUGGUUAUUCAGCGCUGGGUCAACACUUGAGCAGCAGAGAAUCGUUCAGUGAAUUCUUCUGAGUAACGUUUGACUGCAGUUGAUCUCAGCUGGAUGUCAGAAAGAUUCAGUUUCAGAUUCAACAGCAGGAAAAUCUCCUCCAAAGACUCUAAACAUGUUUCUUCACCUAAUUUAAAAGUCUAAAUAAAACGUUUGAGCUGCUUGACAUUUGCGUGGCUUCAGCUUAGUUUGCUCUCUUACUGCAGAAUAUAGAAGAUAAUAAUCCUAAAGUUCAAUCUCUCACGCCUGAACAUUUUCACAUUUUAGCUUCAUCGUGUUUUACUGGGACUUUAUCUGAGAGAUCAAAACAAAGUAGUAAAGAUUUUCACAGACAAUUGUAUAUUUUUCUAACUGAUUUAGACCUGAAAGUGUGGCAUGGCAGUGUAAAGAGCACCGGUGAGUGAAUAGCUCGGGGUUUAAUCCUGGACUGUCCUGAUUUGACUCCAUCUGUCCACACAGCAUGAUGCUGCCACCACCAGGCGACAUGAGGAAUGCUAGUUUCUCCCACAUGUAAAGCGUUGAUUAAAGGAGCUUCUUCUUUGCUCUGUUUCCAUUACCUGGGAAAUUGCCGACUAAUGGUUGGCAUGGCAACUUCUCACAAUUCUCCACUACUUUCUGCUGGCCAUGAAGUCCUAAACAGCCGCCUGAGGUCUGUGGGAACAUGAUGUGAACGUCAGUGGGGUGUGAGAACUUCUUGCAAAGCUUUGUGAAUAAACGCAUGAUUUCUGUUG